UCCUUCUGCUAAUGAAAGGGAAAAGGAUGGUACUAAAAGCCUGCUAGCCCAUUUAUAGUGGGCCUUUUAGAGCAUUUUACACUGUGUGUUUAAGUAUGGGUGUGUCUGGCGCACUGCAAAUUUGUUCCAAGCCAAAUGAUGUCAUAUUCAAGAGCUAGAGUGGGGCUGCUGAGAAGCCGCCCUUGCUUCCUGAGUGUGAGAAAGCUGGCAUUUUCCUCUCUCUCUCUCUUUUUUCUCUCUCUCUCCCUUCUUAUCAGCUGCAACUGAGAGUGCCAGUGUUCUGGAUUUACUGGGUAUCCUAUUGUCUCAGGGCAAAAAGAGAAUAAACACAAAAGGACAGCCACUGAACCUCAGCUCCUUAUGGUCCUGGAUCAAGGAGAGAGAUGUGGCCAUUUCUUCCUAAGCUAAGCACGUCUGGUGUAGCGAUUAUUUCACUUCCGUUUAAUACCAGACAUGGAUUAACAGUGGUAGCUUGGAAUCCAGAGAGGCCUGCCUGGGUCUGUUUAAUCUGUGCGGUAAUGAAGCCUCUGACCUUCAGUUAAAUAGAUUUUGUCAACACUCAUUCAAUAAAUGAGAACUGCUGUUUCAUUAACUUUAACUAAAGCUGCUUGAUUUUGGACAAUUCCUUUCACUAUGGGAAAUACUAAGACUUUGAUUCCAAAGUUUCUCAGCACUCUAUUUCCCGAGUCUUCACUUUAGUUCUGAUCCUUGAAGAUCUAGAUCUCUCCCACACACCCCUUCCAUGCGCGCGGCUCCCUUGUGUACCCGGUUGAAAGAUGCGGACCAGGACUUAAAGCUUUGUCCUUAAGCCUGAGCCUGGGAGCCGGCUGACCUGUCCCAGGAGAGAUGGACCCGCAACUGGCUCGUCAGUGGCGCCAGGGGUGUGGAUUCCUUGGUUGGAGAGGUGAAGAGAGCUCAGACAUCUGGCGCCACUCUUAGACCCUGCAGCUUCAACAAACUUCUUGCAGGAGGCCGGCAGCCCCUCUGCCAGCUCUCGGAAGUGGCUUGCAGCUAGGUACCACCGCGGUAGACUCAGGCACGGUCACUCGGGGGCCCUGCUUUCCCUGUCACUGCCAGGCCAGACCGUUUGGAGGCCCCCAGAAGCCCCGGGUAUAAGCAGAACCACGCCCUACAGCACCAUCCUGCAGGCGUGGGCGGGACCCAGGGCUGUCCCGAGAGGACGGCGGGGUGAAGAGGUGCGGAUAAACCUUCCGCUGUGUUCGGCGCUGGCGCUUAGGUCCAAACUCCUCGGAACUCUCCCGCUUCUAUCGCCACACGUCCCUUGCCUUCCCUGCGCCACCCCUUCCUCCGCCCUGGCCCUGGGACACCCUUCCGACAGGAAGCGGCUCAUCCAGUCCCAGAACCGCCGGCCUGCUGGAGCAGUGACAAGAUCACAGGGGAAGUGUUUUGACCACACCACUGGGUUUGGCCCAGCUGCUCCUCUUGUCAGGAGCCCUACAUGGCUUCAACAGCCUCCACCAACCCAGCACAUGCCCACUUCGAGAGCUUUGUGCAGGCACAGCUGUGCCGGGAUGUGUUGAGCAGCUUUCAGGGGCUCUGUGAAGCCCUGGGACUGGAGCCCGGAGGAGGAUUACCUCAGUACCACAAGAUCAAGGCCCAACUCAACUACUGGAGUGCCAAGUCACUGUGGGCCAAGUUGGACAAGAGAGCAAGCCAGCCUGUGUACCAGCAAGGCCAGGCCUGUGCCAACACCAAGUGCCUGGUGGUAGGUGCUGGGCCUUGUGGGCUUCGAACUGCUGUGGAGCUGGCACUGUUAGGUGCCCGAGUGGUGCUUGUGGAAAAGCGUACCAAGUUCUCUCGGCACAAUGUGCUGCACCUCUGGCCCUUCACCAUCCAUGACCUUCGGGCGCUUGGGGCCAAGAAGUUCUAUGGGCGCUUCUGUACCGGUACCCUGGACCACAUUAGCAUCCGACAGCUUCAGCUACUUCUACUGAAGGUGGCGUUAUUGUUGGGGGUGGAAAUUCACUGGGGCAUUGCUUUCACUGGCCUCCAGCCCCCUCCCAGGAAGGGGAGUGGCUGGCAUGCCCAGUUCCAGCCCAGUCCCCCAGCCCAACUGGCCAACUAUGAAUUUGAUGUCCUCAUCUCAGCUGCAGGGGGUAAAUUUGUCCCUGAAGGCUUCACCAUCCGAGAGAUGCGUGGCAAACUGGCUAUUGGCAUUACAGUCAACUUUGUGAAUGGGCGUACAGUGGAGGAGACACAGGUGCCAGAAAUCAGUGGUGUAGCCCGGAUCUACAACCAAAAAUUCUUCCAGAGCCUUCUCAAAGCCACAGGGAUUGAUCUGGAGAACAUUGUGUACUACAAGGAUGAUACUCACUAUUUUGUGAUGACAGCCAAGAAGCAAUGCCUGCUGAGGCUGGGGGUGCUGCUCCAGGACUUGCCAGAGACUGAUCAGCUGCUGGGCAGUGCCAAUGUGGUACCUGAGGCUCUGCAGCGCUUUGCCAGGGCAGCUGCUGAUUUUGCCACACAUGGCAAGCUUGGGAACCUGGAGUUUGCUCGGGAUGCCCGUGGGCGGCCAGAUGUGGCUGCCUUUGACUUCACAAGCAUGAUGCGGGCAGAGAGUUCUGCGCGUGUGCAAGAAAAGCAUGGUGCCCGCCUACUGCUGGGGCUGGUGGGAGACUGUCUGGUGGAGCCCUUCUGGCCUCUGGGCACUGGAGUGGCCCGGGGCUUUUUGGCAGCCUUCGAUGCAGCCUGGAUGGUGAAGCAGUGGGCAAAGGGUGCUGGGCCUCUAGAGGUGCUAGCUGAACGUGAGAGCUUGUACCAGCUUCUGUCACAAACGUCCCCAGAGAAUAUGCAUCGAAAUGUAGCCCAGUAUGGGUUGGACCCUGCCACCCGAUACCCCAACCUGAACCUCCGGGCUGUAACCCCCAAUCAGGUACAAGACCUGUAUGACGUGGUGGACAAGGAGCAUGUGCAGAGGAAGGGUGACAAGACCGACUCAGGGAAGGCAGCCACAGGGUCAGCAGGCACUGAGGAGCUCCUGCGCUGGUGCCAGAAGCAGACAGCUGGGUUUCCUGGAGUCCAUGUCACGGACUUUUCUUCCUCCUGGGCUGAUGGACGAGCUCUGUGUGCCCUGGUGCACCGCCUACAGCCUGGCCUGCUGGAACCCUCAGAGCUGCAGGGCAUGGGAGCUCUAGAAGCCACCGCCUGGGCACUGAAGGUAGCAGAACAAGAGCUGGGCGUCACCCCAGUGCUAUCCGCACAGGCAGUAGUGGUAGGCAGUGACCCACUGGGCCUCAUUGCCUACCUCAGCCACUUCCACAGUGCCUUCAAGAACAUGCCCCACAGCUCAGCAGGCCCUGUCAGCCAGGCUCCUUCUGGGACCCCCAAUGCUAUACUUUUCCUUGGUAAACUGCAGAGGACCCUACAACGGACCCGGGCCAAGGUAGAGGCUGAGACUCCACGUACUGAGGAGCCCCCUGUCUCUGAGCCCAGUGUACCCCCAUCACUGCCAUCUGAACACCAGGAGGCUGGGGCAGAGGAUUUGUGUGAACUUUGUGGGAAACACCUCUACAUCCUGGAACGCUUCUGUGUGGAUGGCCAUUUCUUCCACCGGGGCUGCUUCCGCUGCCAUACCUGUGAGGUCACAUUGUGGCCAGGUGGCUAUAGGCAACAUCCAGGAGAUGGACAUUUCUACUGUCUCCAGCACCUGCCCCAGGAGGGCCAAAAGGAGGCUGACAGCGAUGGAAGUCCAGAGAACCAGGAGCUCCCUACACCAGAUGACCACAGCAUGCAGCCAGGCCCCUCACCUCCUGUAUCUCCUGUGGAGAGGGUCAGCCCUGUCCCAAGCCCCAGCCAGCCUACCCGUCGGCUGAUCCGCCUCUCCAGUUUAGAACGCCUGCGGCUGUCCUCCUUGGCCAUUAUCCCUGACCCAGGAACAGAGCCUCCACCCAAGCCCCCACGAAGCUGCUCUGCCUUGGCCCGCCAGGCUCUGGAGGGCAGUUUUGUGGGUUGGGGUGUGCCAGUCCAAGCGCCACAAGUUCCUGAGGCCACAGAGGUGGAAGAAAGUCCCUUUUCCAGUGAGGAAGAGGAGGAGGAAGAGGAAGAAAUGCCUUUGGAGCCAGACUUAGAGCAGACUCUACUGACCAUUGCUAAGAACUCAGGCACCAUGACUAAGUACCCGACAUGGUAUCGAACCCUCAUGCGCCGAGCCAAAGAGGAGGAGAUGAAGAGGUUUUGCAAGGCCCAGGCCAUCCAGCGAAGACUACAUGAGAUUGAGGCUGCUAUGCGGGACCUGGAGACGGAAGGCACAAAGCUGGAGCUGGCCUUGAGGAGACAGAGCAGCUCUCCAGAACAGCAAAAGAAACUCUGGCUAGAGCAGCUGCUACAACUCAUUCAGAAGAAAAACAGCCUAGUAUCUGAAGAGGCUGAGCUCAUGAUUACGGUUCAGGAACUGGACCUGGAAGAGAAACAGUGGCAGCUGGACCAGGAGCUGCGAGGCUACAUGAAUCGGGAAGAAACCCUGAAGACAGAGGCCGAUCGUCAGUCCGAGGACCGGGUCCUGAGGAAGCUGUUGGAUGUGGUGAACCAGCGGGAUGCCCUCAUCCGCUUCCAGGAGGAACGAAGGCUCAGUGAGAUGGCUUCAGAAACGGGGGCCCAGGGCUAGAAGGUGCUUAGCUCUAUGCCUGCUCCCUGCCCUGUAAGCAGACAUCAUCCAAGGGCAGUACCUCUGCCAUCUGGACUGUCUAGUCAGAGGCUUCGUUGUUGAAAAUAAACGUGUUAUGGCCAUGAA